UUGUGGGGUAAUAUCCAGUCGGGUAAGAGAGCUUCGUCAGGUCCGCGUCGAUCAUUACUUGACGGAGCGCAGAGCCCGUCAAAGACGCGACGAAAGAGAAGAUGAAGGUUUACCCGUUUCUGUCAGUUUUUCUUCGCCCCGUUCGACGUCGCGAAUAUUGAAGCAUAUCAUCCCUAUAUUUCCACCCCAUCAAGGGAGCCAAGUCCAUGUCCGUAAAGCGUCGACGAGUCCCCUGGUUCCGAAGGAUUCCGUCGCAGCGACCGGCUGCUCGACUCGGGAUAGCUCGCUAUCAGGUCUAGGCCUUUAUCAACAAUUAAAUAAACCCGGCCGAUCUCGAUUGCAGACUCACCUUGAGCCGGCCUUGAACGACUUGCAUCCACGUCAUCGACAUCCCCGGGAUAUACGCGCGUUUACGUAGAGACCAGUGUAUGUUGCGUGUAGGUGUGCGUGCGCGGUGAAACAACACACACCACCUGUGGCACAUCCGUCUGCAUCAGCCGUUGUAUUUACGUCGGUCUCUGUCAUACGUAUUAUUGCGUUGAUUAGAAAUUCAGCAAUGAUAUCGUUCAUCUCGGCAGCCGUUUCGAAUGCCGAUUGGAUGCUGAAAUCAAAACCGGUGUAACUACGGAUUAGGGCACGAAAAUUGCCAUCGUCAACGGUAUUAUGACCAAACCGACCAAACAGAUAUCCAUAUCUUUUCAUUCCACUAUCGAUAUGGACGAACACGAAAAGAACUUGAUGACAGGAACAUUGGAACAGAGGAAGGAGGCCUUCAAAGAGGAUGAGGAGCUCAUGAGAGAAACCACGAAAUUUAUCAGUGAAGUAAUAGAGACGGCCGCUACAGAGGCUUCGAAAAGAAAGAUUCAAUCGGAGGGAGCUGAAGGUGAAGGUAGUAGAUUGAAGGGUGGCGAUACCAUCGCUGGCUGGAACAAUCGAGCGCGUGGAUUCUGCAAUCGUAUUCUGAAUGCGCUUUGCCCGUGCUUCACUAACCAUGAACUAUUCGCCUGGACUCCGUACCGGUAUCGCUUCACAAGACCUUAACCGUUCGAUGACUCCCCGGAUUUUCCGUUCCGUCGUGCGAGCUUGUCACAAGUAAACAAAUAAACAAAAUAAUAUCAA